UAAAACUCUCUGAUCUUGACUUGACACAAGGCCAGCCCGCCGCAGCAAGACUUCGCUGCUGUGCUGGCCUUUUGUCGGCAAGAAUCUUCUAGCCUAGAUCUACCUAUUGUCUUGUCACUCGUCCGUCACGCUCAUCAGCUUAUCUUGAUCUACUUUUAUUUGCGUGUAUAGAGAAUCUGGGUCUGCAUUAGAUCUAGAAAGUCUGCAUGCUACAGCUGUUGCAAGUGAUCUAAUCAUGGCUGGGUGUAAAGGAAAGAUAAUGACAGUUCAAGGUGUCAUUGAGCCGUCUCAGGCUGGUGUUACCCUUCCCCAUGAGCAUCUUUACCUCAAAGUCCCAAGUUUCUAUACGGAACCAAAAAAUAAGCAGGCUGAAGGGUACAUCCAUGCUCCUUUUGAGAUGAAAAAUUUAGGAUGGAUACGACAGAAUCCAUACAGCCACUGGCCGAACCUUUCACUGUAUGGGGAAAGUGAGGCUGUAAUAGAAGAACUUCUGUUUUUCAAGGAGAAUGGGGGCAACACUAUUGUAGAAAAUACAUCCCUUGGAAUCUAUCGAGAUUUGGCCACAUUGAAGCAUAUCUCUCAGAGCACUGGAGUGAAUGUUGUUUGUGGAACAGGAUUUUAUGUGGAUGCAGCCCAAACAGAGUCUGUUAGAAGUUACAGUGAGGAGAAGAUGGCAGAAGUGAUGAGAGCAGACAUACUGGAGGGAACCGAGGGCAUCAGGUGUGGCAUUAUUGGAGAGAUCGGAACAGCUUGGCCUAUCUCAGACUUUGAGAGGCGCUCACUACGCAGCGGUGCUAUUGUUCAACAAGAGCUUGGUUGCCCUGUCAUCAUCCACCCUGGCCGCGAUCCCUGUGCUCCUACAGAAGCGAUGCGUUAUAUUCUAGAGGUCGGUGGCAAGGCUGAGCACACUGUUAUGUCCCACUUAGACCGAACAUUACUGGAUAAAGAAACGCUCAUGGAGUUUGCCAAGCUUGGAACCUACCUGGAGUAUGACCUGUUUGGUAUAGAAACCUCUCAUUAUCAGCUUCUCGAAUCUAUCGACAUGCCCAGUGAUGCACAGAGGGUCAAGGUCAUAAAAGAUUUGGUUGAUGAAGGACUGGAGGAUCGAGUUCUCAUUGCUCAUGAUAUUCAUACAAAGCACAGACUUAUGAAGUAUGGCGGCCACGGCUACUCCCAUGUAUUGAUCAACAUUGUACCCAAAAUGCUGAAUAGAGGGAUAACCCAAGCGCAAAUUGACAAAUUUCUCAUCGCGAACCCCAGGAGGUGGCUACAAUUCACAAAAUAAGUGCAGUUUCCUUUAUUGUUUUUAUGUUCAAUGCAUGUACAAUUGAACCUGCAGCUACUCAAGAUCACAGAGAAAAGUGACCGUUAUAGACAGAUGGACGCUAUGGCAGGGCCUCAGGUAUGGUCACCUACUGGAGUAGACAAAAUCAACACGUCUUUUAACUCACUGAGCACCACGCCCCGAUUUGCCUCCAAACCCCAGGGAACCACUCAUUUCCCCUUUUUGAAAAUUCAUUAAAAAUUUUAAUUGAAGGCUAUUUCUUUGAAAUUUUCUGUGCUAUUUAAUAAGAUAUGGGUACAACAGACACAAUAAACCCAUUUUAUGAAGAAUGAAUGACAAAAAAAUGUAUGGGACAGAAAGUUGGGACAAAUUUGCCCCAGAAAAAACUUUUUGCAAAAAAAAAAAGGAAAUGAUGUGACAAAGCAGAAAUCUAAAAUAAACUUACUCAAAAUGUUUUUGGCAGUGUGUGUUUGUGUGUAGGAGAAUGAAGCAUGAUUGUGAACAGUGAAGUAGCAUAAAAAUGUAAGUGAUAAUUGAUUUUGAAAAAUUAAAAAAAUAUAUAUCUAGAUAAAAAUCGUCUGUGACAAACUGAGAAACAUUUUCAUUGUCAGUGCUGCUAGUGCUAGGACUAGAUCUUUCAUUAGAUGUUCCAGGUCUGGGUACAUAUAUCUUCUUCACUUUGAGGGCUGACUUGAACUAGUACUAGUACUGGGGCUAGAUCUAUAAUCGUCCCCAGCCGGACAAGGCUACGUACUCCCUGAUGUGUCAGAUUCACGAUUGAGAGACGAUGUUGGUCUAGACCUAGAUAGAUCAUCACUGCUAGGGGAAUUCACAUGUUGAUUUAUGAAGUUAUCUAUCUGAUACUUCACUGUCACUUAAAUCUUCGCGAAAAUUAUCAAGAGUUUCAAUAAACUUCGACACACAUCGCCGUGCCAUGCUUUGACAAAAAACUGCGCGGAAGUUCCUUACUUUCAGCUGUUCAGUUCGUUGGACAAAUAACCCGUUUAUACACACUAAAAGUGGUGAAUAUACACAAACAACAAA